AUGGCAUCGAAGGAAGAUGAAGUGGCCACUGCUCGGCCCCCAACCAGCGAUCAUGACACAGAAAUGAACAGAGAUGCUCUUCCAGCCGUUGAAGUCAAUGUACAAGUUGGCCUUAAAAAGGAAGUUACCCCUCUAAAUGGCAUUGUUCUUGUUGUAGGUGUGAUUAUCGGCUCUAGCAUUUUCAUCUCAUUCAAAGGUGUCCUCACAUGGACCGAUUUGGUUGGAAUGAGUUUGGUCAUCUGGGCAGGAUGUGGUAUUCUUGCGCUCCUUGGCUCCCUCUUCCACUGUGAAAUGGGUAACAUGAUUCCUAAAUCCAGUGCUGAGUAUUCUUAUCUCUACAAAGCCUUUGGUCCUCUACCAGCAUUCCUUUACAGUGGGAUGGUGGCUUUGAUCAUUCGCCCAUAUUCAAUGAGUGUCGUAGCUUUAACAUUCGCACGUUAUGUUAGUCAGCCCUUCUUCCCUGACUGCGAAAUCAGUCCGAUUCCUGUCAGAAAGAUCUUAGCAGCUACAUGUUUGGUUCUGACCAUGUUUAUGAACUGUGCAAGUGUUAAAUGGGCUAUGCACAUUCAGAAAGUUGUCAUUUGUGGAAAGUUUAUUGCUUUUGUUAUUCUGAUUGUGAUUGGCCUCAUUGAGGUUGGAUCAGGCAAUGCUGACAACUUUAAGGGAUCUUUUCAUGGAACUACUUCAAACUUGGCAAAUAUUGGAUUGGCCUUCUACUCAGGCCUCUGGGCUUAUGAUGGAUGGAAUAGCUUAAAUUUUGUCACUGAAGAGAUGAAGAACCCAGCUAGGGAUUUAUCAAGGGCUCUCAUGAUUGGAAUCCCUCUGGUAACCAUCGUUUACUUGUUGACUAACAUUGCCUACAUUGCUGUUGUUGGAGGACACGGCAUUUUAAGCUCAGGAACUGUGGCUAUGGUUGUUAGAGAGGAAAAGAUGGGCCCUGUUUCCUGCUUGAUUCCCAUCUUUGCUGCAUGCUUCACCUUUGGUUGUGUAAAUGGACUGGCUUUCAGUGGUGCAAAGUUGGUGUUUGUGUCAGCUUGUAAUGGUCAAAUGCCCAAAGCACUUGCCAUGGUUCACAAGACUUGUCAUACUCCUAUGCCUUCCAUCAUUUUCUUGCAUGUCAUUGCCAUGAUUAUGUUGAUUCCUGACUCCAGUGAGCUCAGCACAUUUGUCAACUACUUCAGCUCUGUUGUAUGGCUCUUGUACUUUGUGGUCAUGACAGCUAUGAUCUACCUGAAGUGGAAAAGUCCAGAUGCUAAGAGACCAUACAAGGUCUGGUUGAUUAUUCCAAUUGUUUCUGACCUGGCAGCAGAAUAUCUGCUGAUCACUCCAUUCUGGCAGAAACCUAAGGAGUCUGCCAUGGCCCUGAUCUUCAUUGCUCUUGGCAUACCUGUCUAUUUCUGUUGUUGUUAUUGGAACAAAACAAAGGAUAUAUCUGAGGGAAGCUCAACAAGAACAAAACGGCGUAAAGUCACAAGCCUGUCUGUGUCAGAAAGGGAGUUGAAAAGGUUGACAGAUACAUUUUCUCCACCCAAGGAUCUUCCCCCGAAAAGAGUUCGCAAACAACAUUUGAAAUUAGAACACCCGGCUCAGCACAAGGAAGCUGAAAACCUGAGGAAAGAGGAGGAAGAAAAAGUAUCCAAGAGGCGUAGGACCGCUGACAACCUGCGGCAGCGUACCAUAUCGGAGAUGGCACAAACUUGGCAAAAGUGUUCGCCGACAUGCGCAAAGCAAGAACAUUGA